ACAGAUCCAUGGCUCUGACACUAGUGCAAAGGAUUGUGGGUAUUUCCGGUUACCGAUGUCUGUUUUCUGCCUGAGAAUAGAUGCUUAACCCUAUGGUCAACUGUUGUUUUAUCCGCGCUAUUUAUGCAUAAAUUCUUGUGCAUCAUCAUAAUUAAAUAUCAAGUGGGCAAUACGGAUAUCGACCAGUUAAAAAAAAAACAUAGUGUCGGGUUUAGAUCAGUAACCUAAUGCUAUUCCUAGCCCAGACAUCAGCGGUGUUUGUAGCCUAGCCUGCAGACGUGAGCGUGGUUUUAUUUGAAAUGGACAAGCAGUUUAUUGUCCUCUAAACCAUUGUUAUUUUAUCAUUGCUCUUCCCAACUGGAGCACGGCUGAAGAUCUAAACUGGACGUGGCGUGGCCUAGUGAUGGCAGGGUUUUACCGCGGCAGAGUGACACCUUUUUACCCUAAUCAAGCUACGAGUGCUGGAAAGAGGUUCUAUUCCCCUGAUGACAGAGAUGAGCCACCAAGGAAGGCCCCAGCAUUACAUUUUGGCUCCAGACCUGGAUUUGAGCCUGUACCCUUUGUCAGUAGUGGAAGCAGUACUGGGAGGGCUCAUGAGAAGGAGAAUGACCAGCGUAAGAGGAGUGAGCUGCACAGUUUUCCACAAUGGGAGUAUGAUCACUUGCCCUACAGUAGUCAAGUACGUGAACCUGCCUUUGACAGAGGGUCAUCCUACAGCUCUGACGGUAGGAGUUUCCAUAGAGACAGGGACCAAGAGUUUUCUGAAUCAACGUUAGGUUUAGGCUAUAGUGACGGUGGCUCCGCAUCUACAUUUAUGGCAAGAACAGAACGGGAAUACACAGCCAAAUUUGAAGCCCAUUCUUCUGGAAACAUUGACUUGUUUUCACUGCCCCAGAGGUAUGAUGGCAUUGGUGGUGGUAGCAGGUCAGGUCUGGGAUAUAGCCAUAGAAAUCAGCCCUCAACUAGCAGGUUUUGCAGCAACAAAAGUCCCGCCGUUGCUCAACCUGAAUCUCUGUUUCAGUCUCCACCAAUAUCUCAGACAACAGUUGAUGAGAAGCAGCGAAUUAUUGCUAAUGUAGCAUCUGCUAUUAAAGUUGCCUUUGGGGAUCCAGCAUGCAAAAAUACAAAUAAUGAACCAAACUAUAAUUUCAUCUUAAGUCGAAGCAUCCAAGCUUGCAAAACAAAUCCUGAAUACACUUAUGUCAACGUGAAGGACAUUCCCCGAGCUGACUUACCAAAAAACAAGAAAAUGCCAUCUGACGGCUAUGCCUGUGAACUUCGGUGUCAGCAGGUUUAUCUUUCCACUGGGUAUUCAGGCAGUAAGAAUGGAGCGAGGGACCGUGCCUCAGAGCAGGCGGUAAGACUUUUCUUGAGACCAGUGGAGGUUCGUGUUGUGGAGCGCAAAUACAAACACUCAGUACUAAAAGACAUGGUUGUGUGCCAGGCACACAGUCCAACCCCAGCCUUUUUACCUGCUCUUUGUAACCCAGUGGAAAAGCCUGCAAGUUCUAAGGGACAAUUUGAGCCUGACAGUCAAAAACAUUGGAGGGAGUUUGUGGUUGUCGAAAAUGCUCAUGAUGCAAUAUGCAUUCUCAACAAUUCAGCGGCUUAUAACCGCAUGAAAAUAGACUAUAAAUUUGACCAGCUCCCAAACAAUAUUUGGGUUUGCAGAGUGUUUGUACAAGAUGAGCUCUUGGGAACUGGAAAAGGCAAUAAAAGGUCUUCAAAACAUAUAGCAGCUGAUGACGCCCUAACCAAGCUCAGAAGGAAUCAGGAAAUGCGCCAGCAGCAUGGGCAACAACAGUCUCACUUUCACAGGCAACAGGCAAACAGUCAACAAGAUGAUGAAGGUUUUGGACCUCAGCUUCAUAAGCAUCGAAGUGAUCUAGUAAUUCUGGAAAAUUCAGAUAAUGCAAUUUGUAUCAUUAAUGAUACUGCUCAGUUUAAUAAAGUGACGGUUGAUUACAAGUUCUCAGUUCUGCCCAAUCAGUCCUGGAAGUGUGAGGUUUAUUUGGAAGGACAAUUUGUUGCAGCAGGAGAAGGGCCUAAAAAAACAGUUAAGCACAUUGCAGCAAAUGAAGCCCUAAAAACACUAAAGCAGACGCAUUCUGUAGUAAAAGCAAACAUAAGAAAAGAUAGCACUUCUGAAGCCAUAUCAAGAUCACAGAUUAUGGGCCGCUCGGGUGAGGAGGACAUGAAGCAGGAAAUUAAAGAGGAUAAUAUUGGGAACCAGCUGCUGCGCAAAAUGGGAUGGAAGGGUGGAGGCCUGGGUCGUGAUGGAGAAGGUAUUGCAGAACCCAUCAGAGUAAAAGAGCAGUUUUCUAGAGAAGGUCUUGGCCUGGAUGGAGAUAGUCAGCUGAACAAGCGCGACCUUGAGGAUGUCAUACGUAACUAUGCAGCUUCAGACAGGCAGGAUGAUCUCCGCUUUUCCUCUGAUCUGACCAAUGAUGAACGCAAACAGAUCCAUCAGAUAUCUCAAAAAUAUGGCCUUCGGAGCAAAUCUUAUGGGCAGGGAAAACAGCGAUUUCUUAUUGUUAGUCGCAAAGUACACAAAGAACAGCUGAUUGGGCAGCUUUUACAGGAAGGACAAGUGGGACGAUAUGAGCUUAUAAAACCUCAGGCCUUGCAUUAAUAUACAAAGUAGAAUAUAUUUAAGUCAGGUAAUGGCCAGAGUAUGCAUUUCUUUUUUUACUUGUGUUUCUGUAAAAUACUUCAGAACUUGCACAAAUAAACUACUACUGUAGUCAAACACAUCUAUAGAGAAUUUGUUCAUAUUGUUCUGGGUAAUGCCUGUCUUUGAUUUUUCAAUUUACAUUUAACAUGUUGAAUUUACUUGAACUGCAUCAUAUUUUUCAAGUUAAAAUAAUUACCUCUUUAAAGAAUGUUUUAUGUUGGUUAACCUGCCAGAUUGAAAUAUUUGUGAUAAAAUAUCCAUUAUUUGAAGCUGUAAAUACAUCUGGGUUAA